AUGGAUGUGUUUCGCUACAAACGACUGCCUAUGAUGUGGUUCGGGAUGAUUGUAAUGAAAGCUACAAUUUGCAACAGAGGUAGUACCUGCGAACCUCGAUUUAACGGAACCAUACCAUUAGGAGGCAAGGCCGAAAUCAACGCUCAAGUUGCUCUGGUACAUGACGAUUUAGAUGUUUCACCAGAAGGCGGCGCCGCUUACGUGCUUAGUGGGCCGGUAAUGGUCAAGGAGGGUCCGAGGACAAUCGAAGUAGUCAUGGACAGUGGCUUAAAACUUCGAACAGGACCAGUAAGAAAUUAUAAAAUUGGAGUGGAAGUAAAGAGUGUAGGGUUAGUGGCUGGGGUAACAACUUACAUAACAAGGAAUGGCAAUACUUGGAUCGUUGCGUCAGUCAAGCACAGGGAAUGGAGUAGUCAGGUUAUGGGCUACGCUGAGUUCUGUAUUAUAUACUUAUAUAAUGACAGCCGGCAUAAGCAGGGUCAUCUAAUAAGUACGGGGAACAAGCUUGAUCUGCGCGGUGAACUUAUUACGAUGAACAGUGUUGAGGAUGACUGGCGAGUAAAGAAUAUGACUAAUACUGACUUAACAAUAGGUCAACACCAUCCAAUUAGUCCGGAAAGCGGGGCUUGGAGACAACUGAGCUUGAUGAGUCCAUUACGUGGUUAUGAUCUUUGUUAG